CUAGAAACCCUUUUUCCACUAUGUGUCCGUUCUCGAUCCGAUCAAACAACAAUCACCGUUAACAAUUUCACCUCUCCUUCCAUCACUUCCACGCGAUCCAGUGCGAGAUCUCCUUAUCAUCAACCGGUGUUUCUCAUUCGAUUCAUGUUCCUCCGGAUCUGAAACCCUAGGUGACAGUUGUGCAAUUCGAUCGGUUGAUUUCAUUCGGAAGUUGUUGAAUCGGAAAUGGAUCAGUUCGAUGCGUUUUUUCGACGGGCGGAUUUGGAUCGCGAUGGGAGAAUUAGUGGAGCUGAAGCUGUUGCGUUCUUCCAGGGCUCGAAUUUGCCUAAGCCUGUGCUUGCUCAGAUAUGGCAGCAUGCAGAUCAGAACCGCACUGGCUUUCUUGGCCGUCAAGAAUUCUAUAAUGCCCUUAAGCUUGUUACAGUGGCACAAAGUAAACGAGAACUAACACCCGAUAUCGUAAAGGCUGCAUUAUACGGGCCUGCUUCUGCGAAAAUCCCUCCUCCACAAAUAAACCUUACCGCACUGGCGCCAGCUCAGCCAAAUCCUAUCGCCCAACGGCCUCCUACACAACAGCCUGGAGUUAUCAAUCCAAUGGGCCCAGGCCCACGUCCUCCUACACAGCAGCCCGGGGUUAUCAAUUCAAUGGGCUCAGGCCCACGUGUUCCCACACAGCAGCCCGGGGUUGUCAGUUCAAUGGGCCCAGGCCCACGUCCUAUUACACAGCAGCCUGGGGUUGUCAGUUCGAUGCAACCUCAAACUUUUGGCAUAAGAUCACAAGUGCCUCCGAAUUCAAUGGCCCCACCUACCUCAGCACAGUAUUUUCCACCACAGGGUGUUGGUGGUCCUAAUAUCACGUCAGGUGGUCUGGUGGGUCCCGGUCUAUCAAACCCUAACGUUUCAGGUGAUUGGCUUGCGGCCCGAGGUGUUAGGGCUCCUGUAGCUUCAUCACAAGUCCCCGUCACCGCAAUCAGCUCGACUUCACCAUCUUUUCCGACUCCUAUACCGUCAGUUGGAGGAAACGGAAGUGUUUCCGACCAGAUGUUUGGCGGUGGCGUGUUUUCCGCUUCUCAAACAUCAUCCAAACCGCCCACAUCAUCAACUGUUGCUGUAAGUUCCGAGGCCCAGAUUCCAACAAAGAUUGACCCGCUUGGCGCAUUGAGUGCUUUUACAAGGCAGCCGCCUACAGGGGCCCCGGUACAGUCAGCAACAGCAACACCUGUUCCAAGACCAAGUCAACAGGGCCCAGGCCCAAUUCAAAAUCUACAAGGCCCAACUCAAGCAUCCAAUCUGUCACAACCUCAGUGGCCGAAAAUGACACGCCCCGGUGUUAAUAAGUAUAUGAAAGUGUUCAUGGAAGUCGACACUGACAGAGAUGGGAAAAUCACUGGUGAACAGGCGCGUAGUUUAUUUUUGAGUUGGAGGCUCCCAAGAGAAAUAUUGAAACAGGUUUGGGACUUAUCGGAUCAAGAUAACGACAGCAUGCUUUCAUUGAGGGAGUUCUGUAUAGCGCUGUAUCUGAUGGAGAGGUACCGAGAAGGCCACAAUCUUCCACCGACACUUCCUAGUAACGUGUUGCUUGAUGAAACUCUGUUGUCGUUAACCGGUCCACCUGCUAGACCCGCACCCGGUGGUUGGGGUGCUACUCCCGGUUCUGCGCCCGUACAACAGCAGGUGAUGUCUGGUCCUCAACCGAUGCCUCACGGGCCUCCUCGUGGGGCCCAACCAAUGCAGUUUAAUCAACAGAGAAGACCUGUACCCUCCAUGGAUGCUCAACACCUCAGCAACGGUGGUGAUCAGAAUACUUCUCGUUCAGUUUCCCGAGAGACAACGGAAGCCGAAAAAGCGGGCGAUGACAAGGUGAUUCUGGAUUCUAGAGAAAAGAUGGUGUUUUACAGGAACAAGAUGCAAGAUCUUGUGUUAUACAAGAGCAGAUGUGAUAACCGACUUAAUGAGAUUACAGAACGUGCUAUAGCUGAUAAACGUGAGGCAGAGUUGCUUGCGAAGAAAUAUGAAGAGAAAUACAAACAGGUGGCAGAAGUGGCUUCUAAAUUAACUAUUGAGGAGGCCUCAUUCCGUGAUAUUCAGGAGAGAAAGAUGGAGUUGAAUCAAGCACUUGUGAAGAUGGAACAAGGUGGCAGUGCUGAUGGUAUCCUUCAAGUUCGUGCUGAUCGUAUACAAUCAGAUCUUGAGGAACUACUGAAGGCUUUAGCCGAACGCUGCAAGAAGCAUGGAAUCAAUGUUAAAUCAACUGCAGUUAUUGAGCUUCCACAAGGUUGGCAGCCCGGAGUUCCAGAGAUAUCAGCAGUGUGGGAUGAAGAUUGGGAUAAGUUUGAAGACGAAGGAUUCCAAUUCGAUGUUGCAAAUGCCAAAUCCACACCUCAGCCUGAAAAUUCAUCUCAUAUGGAUGACGUUUCUCAGGAUUCAUAUUCAAACCCUGACGCCAAGUCAGAGAAGCGUUAUGAGGCUGACUCGGUAUACGCACAUAGUGAAGAUGAGUCAGCAAAAAGUCCAGCUGACAGUCCCACAACACAAAAGAUAUUUGAAAGUCCAACCAAGGAGGAUUCGUUUAGCCAUUUCGGGAAGAACUUUGAUGCAGAAACAGAAAGGAGCUUUGAUGACCAAGGAUGGGGCACUUUUGACAAUAAUGAUGAUGUGGAUUCAGUGUGGGGAUUCAAUAAUGACACCACUAAGGAUGCCGAACAUGAGAAGCAUGGAGAAAGUUAUUUCUUUGACAAAAAUAGCUUCACCGCAAGUCCAAGGAGAACUGAUUCCCCUCAAGGCAAUAGUUUCUUCCAAACCAAAAGUCCAUUCGGAUUUGACGAUUCCGUCCCUGGCUCACCCGCUUCUAGAGCCGCCAACUCACCACGUUACAGUACCGGAGUAGGGGAGAAUUCUUUCUUCGAUAAUUUCUCGCGCUACGAUUCAUUUAGCGCCACUGAUCGUGGCUCUCCUAAACAAGAUUCCUUCAUGAGAUUCGAUUCCAUGAGCAGCACCACACAGGAUAAUAACUUUUCGAGGUUUGACUCAAUGAGUACCACCACACAUGAUAAUAACUUCUCAAGGUUUGACUCAAUGAGCAGCACCGCUCAGGACCGUAACUUUGCUAGGUUUGAUUCUAUGAGUAGCAGUGUAGGGGGAUUUGACCAUGGUCAAACCUAUUCAUUUGACGACUCCAGCCCGUUUGGGUCAAGUGAACCGUUUAAGGUGUCAUCAGACAGUCAAAGCAGGAAAAAUGAAUCUGAUAAAUGGGCAUUUUAGUUUUUGGAGUUUGGUGAUGUAAUUUUAUUUAUCGGUUUGAUAGUUGUGCUUGUAUCAUUUGUUUCAUCUUUGACUCUAUUCAUGGACAGCCUACAAUGUCUCUUUGGUAUAAUUUUGACUAGAAUUAUUUUAUUUUUCGAUUGCGAUUGAUAUAAAAUAUUAUGUUUUUGUUUGGCUGUAUUGA